AUGACAGACCCUCCAAAUGCCCCUCCUAUAAAACGUUUAUCCAGCACAAUUCAAGAGUUAAUUCGAAAUUUGAGAAAUGUUAGUAGAAUAACUUUGGGUUUUAGAAAUGAAUUUUUUGAAAGUAAAAUUUUGUUGAUUAAAGAGAAGAGAGCGGAAUUCCGUUUGGUUGCUAUUGACAUAAUUUAUCAAUGUGACAGUUUGGUUAAAUUUGGUAAAAAGUUAAUGAUCUUUUUUGAAUCCUGCAGUGAUAUGUCUAUUCCUGACGGAGAUUUAUUAGAGUUUUUGCGUUUACUUUUAACAACGGCUAAAAGAAAUAAAACUGCAACAAAAGCUAUUCAAUCCACAAUUAAAUCUCUCGCGGAUGAUUUGAAAACACUUCAUAAUGAAUUGAUUAAGUUUGAUUUAAAUAAUAUGAAUAAUAUUGAUCCUAAAACAAACAAGAAAAAAAAAAACGCUGAAUCAGAUAAAAAAGUAUUUUCUGCAAUAUCAGUAACUGCUGGUGUUAUUGCAGCACUAACAGCACUAGAUGGGGUACUUUUCUUAGGUCUUUCGGAUACCGCAGAUUCAAAUGCUACAAUAAAAGGAAAAGAAGCUAAAGUGUUAGAUGCCGUUUUAAGUGAAAAGAAAGAUCAAAUGAAGGUUAAAUCAGAAGGUUUACAAGAUGUUUCUUCUCAGAUAAGUUCAAAUUUACAUGAGAUGGAAAAUUUCUGGGUAGAACGUAUUGCUUUUUUAGAAACACUUAUUGAACAGUUUGAAAGCAACAGUAAUCGUGGAACUCGUCCCAACAAAUUAAUCAUUGGAGCAUUAGAAGAAGAAUGGAAGGAAAUAAUUGGAGAAUGUAAAGGUUGUUCUCGUGAUAUAAGAAAUGAAAUAGAGAAUGAUUUGAAUAAUCGUAAGAACUGA